AACCUGUUUCUUUAUCCAAAAAAAAAAAAAAAACUAUGGGCAUGUUCCACGAGUACAAAACGACCAUCUCGGCUGGAGAUACGGUGAUCAUAUACCUGACGCCGGACUCGAUGUAUCCCCUGACGAUGACACCCGGUGCUGUGCAGAACAACAAAUUUGGCAGCUUCAAGCAUGACGACAUGAUUGGCAGCAAGUUUGGCACGAAAAUGCGGUCGCAUACGGGCCGCGGCUUUAUCUAUCUCUUGCACCCGACGCCUGCUCUGUGGACGCAAGUGGUGCCACACCGCACCCAGAUUCUGUAUCUCCCAGACAUUUCGUUCAUUUCAUCGUACUUGGACCUGCGGCCGGGCAAGAUCAUGAUUGAGUCUGGCACGGGCAGUGGGUCGUUCUCGCACUCAAUCGCACGCACGAUCGCGCCCACGGGCCAUCUGUACACGUUCGAAUACCAUGAGCUGCGCGCAACGACUGCUAAGCAGGAGUUUGAGGAGCACGGAUUGUCCGAUAUGAUUACGAUGGAGCACCGGGAUGUUAUCGCUAAUGGAUUUGGCAAGACGGAUCUGGCAGACGCGGUGUUCUUGGACCUGCCGGCGCCUUGGGAUGCGGUAAAAGCUGCCAAGGAGGCGCUGCGCAAGGACACCAUUGGCAGGAUAUGUUGCUUCAGCCCGUGUAUUGAGCAGGUGCAGCGCACGGCAGUGGCUCUGAACGAGCACGGGUUUUCGGACAUUCGCAUGUAUGAGUGUUUGGCCAGGGAGCACGAGGUGCGCUCGGCACCGGUGCCUGAUAUUGAGACGGCUAUUGGUGGCGAGAAGGUCAACUUCAAGAUGUCCAAGAGUGACCGUAACAAGAAGCGCAAGCUAGAAGCGGGAUCGGCGGAGCCCUCGGGUGAGGAAUCAGCUAAGCUGCCAGAGGUGCUGGUGUCGAAGCCAACCGAUAUCACGCGCGGCCACACUAGUUAUCUGACAUUUGCCAUUCUGGCGCCAGUGGAUCAGCAAUAGAAAGCUAUUUUUGAGAUGUCCAGAAUAAACCAGCU